AUGCACUCGUUUUGUAUCAGAACUACCUCCGUGGCUCUUUCUCUCUGGCCGUCCUUCAAGCUUGUGGGGCAACUUCUACGCGUAGGCGAGUGUAGCCUGGCAGACUUUCGACAGCACGCAAUGCCUCUGAAUAUGUUCGUUGUGGUGAUGGUGGCCAGCACCCUUUCUUUGGCCCGUGCCUGCUCCUACUUCGAGUUGAACACAAGCCAUGAGGGUGUCAAGGUCAUCGGUCACACUAUGGAGUUCAACAAGAUCCUGACAUUCACUGACUGGAAGCUUUUCAUGACGCCGAGAAAGAGCAGGGUGAUUCUGAACAACGUGUCCAACGCCAUCUCCGACGCAAAAUAUGGGGUGUUGGGAAUUGGCAUCCCACCAACAUAUGCUGAUGGAAUGAACGAGAGGGGCCUCACGAUCGCCCUGCAGUCUCUCUAUCGCAGUGAAUAUCAGAAGUGCGACUUCUUCUCGAAGGAGUACAAAACCAUCUUCACCCAGAGCCUUGCACAAUGGGUCUUGGCUUCUUUCUCCACGGUCGAAGAGGUCAAAGCAGCAAUCAUGAGCAACAAGUAUUGCAUCAUGAACCCGCUGCCUCUGAGGGCCAGCAACACGCACUGGGCUAUUUCUGACAAGGAGGGUGGCUCGAUUGUCUUGGAAUAUGAACGCGGGGAGCCGAAGAUCCACAACAACUAUGUGGGCCUCAUGACCAAUGACCCCUUCUACCCAUGGCAUGUUGACUACCUGAAUACCUACCGGUGGAUCUUGCCAGACGAGGGCGACAACAAGGAGCUUCUCCUACCAACUGGAGAGCUCUUGGCAGGUCAGGGUCAGGUGCCCUGGGACCAGGGUCAUGGCUUCAACACCGGCGGCUUACCGGCAGAUGCCUCGCCGCCGUCGCGCUUCGUGAGGAUGUUCUUCACCAGGCAAAUUUCCCAGGUCAAUUCUCGUCCAGAUACCCUCGACGAUUGGAUGAAGUUGGCUCAAGGAAUUCUCAACGACAUCUUCAUCACAAAAGGUUUUACUGCACCGAACCCCAACGGCCCGGUUAUUCUCGAAAGUGACCACACAUCUUGGGCGACCAUACGCGUACCCAAGACCGGCUUCUACGCCUAUCGCACCUACGGAAACAUGCAGUGGCAGAAGGUGGACACAACGAAGUUGGACUGGACCCGACAGAAGACGCUUCCCACCUCGAACAACUUCCAAGCAAGCUUGAAGGACAUCACUUAUUCGCUUCCGACAAUUAUCGACUCCACCGGUCAGAACUUUCUUUCCGUGAAGCGACAUCAAGACCAGCUUGAGGAUGCUGUGCUCUUGCAGAACCCAGCCCAAGAGCUCUGA